UUGGCCGAGCAGCUCUACAUCAAAGCCGGAAGGAGUAAGGACGCCAUUGACAUGUACACACAAGCUGGCCGCUGGGAACAGGCACACGCGCUGGCAGUGAAGUGUAUGAACCCGGAGGAUGUGUCCGUCCUCUACAUCACCCAGGCCAAGGAGCAGGAGAAGAAAGGCCACUACAAGGAGGCCGAGAGAUUAUACAUCACGGUGGAGGAGCCCGACCUCGCCAUCGCCAUGUACAAGAGACACCACCAGUACGAAGACAUGAUCCGCCUGGUGGCCAAGCACCACCCGGACCUCCUGACAGACACCCACCUGCACCUGGGCAAGGAGUUGGAGGCUGCGGGGCGCCUGCGGGAGGCCGAGUAUCAUUACCUGAAGGGGAAGGACUGGAAAGCCGCCGUCAAUAUGUACCGAGUGACUGAUAUGUGGGAGGAGUCACACAGGGUGGCCAAGACAAAUGGCGGCCCCGAUGGCUACAAACACGUCACCUAUCUGUGGUCGAAGAGCCUGGGGGGGGAGGCGGCUGUCAGACUCCUGACUAAGUUUAACCUGCUGGAGAUGGCCAUCGACCGCGCCACCGAGAACUGCACAUUCGACUUUGCGUUUGAACUGAGCCGCCUGGCAAUGAAAGAGAAACUUCCGGAGAUCCACCUGAAACACGCCAUGUUCCUGGAGGAUGAGGGAAAGUUUAAUGAAGCCGAGGCCGAGUUUGUAAAAGCUGGAAAACCUAAGGAAGCCGUUCUCAUGUAUGUCCACAACCAGGACUGGGAUGGAGCGCAGAGAGUGGCUGAGCUGUACGACCCGGGGAGUGUUGGUGAUGUUCUGGAAGGACAGGCUCGCUUUGCUUUUGAACAGAAAGAUUAUCAGAAGGCAGAAGCAUUCUUACUACGCGCCCAAAGACCGGAGCUUGCCGUGCGGCACUACAAGGAGGCUGGCAUGUGGAGCGAUGCCAUCCGAAUAUGCAAGGAGUAUGUCCCCGCCAUGCUGGAGCAGCUGCAGAUGGAGUACGAGAAGGAGGUGACAAAGAAAGGAGCCAGGGGGACAGAGGCCUUGGUAGAGCAGGCCCGGGAAUGGGAGCAGGCCGGGGAGUAUGCCCGAGCGGUGGACUGCUACCUGAAGGUGAAGGAUCUGGAUAACGUGGUCCUGAUGGAGAAGUGCUGGAUGAAAGCCGCUGAGAUCUCCAUCAAGUUCCUGGUACCCAGCAGGAGUCUGGAGGUCAUCCGUCUGGUGGGUCCCAAACUGGUCUCUGCCGGAAGACACAAUGCGGCGGCUGAGCUCUAUCUGAAUCUGGACCUGGUGAAGGAGGCCAUUGACGCCUUCAUAGAAGGAGAAGAAUGGAACAAAGCCAAGAGGGUGGCCAAGGAGCUGGACCCCAGGUAUGAGCAGUAUGUGGAUGACCGAUACAAGGACCAUCUGAAGAACCAGGGAAAAGUAGAUUCGAACUUCAACAUUUACAAGCGGAUCUUUGUGGAGAUGGUGAAUGCCGAGGGCAUGAACUGCACGGAGGUCUACCACACCUGGGCCAGCCUGCGGGACCUCCUCUACUCCUUGUGUGAGAAUCUGGUGAAAUCCAGUGAGGUGAAUUCUCCGGCACACCGAGAGUUUGAGCUGAUGAUGCUGAUCGCUCAUUAUUACGCAACGCGAUCGGCAGCACAGGGAGUACAGCCGCUGGACGUUGUGGCCGCCCGGCUCUGCAUCUCCCUCCUGCGUCACACGGACCUUCUCCCUGCAGACAAAGCUUUCUAUGAGGCCGGAAUGGCUGCCAAGGGAAUGGGCUGGCAGAGUUCGGCCUUCAUCUUCCUCAACAGAUUCCUUGACCUGGUAGAUGCAAUUGAGGAAGGAAAUCUGGACGCUUUGGAUCACUCGGAUUUCCAGAACACGGACAUUCCCUUCGAGGUUCCGCUGCCCGCCAAACAGCACAUUCCGGUGGAGAAGCGGGAGGAGGUCAGAGAGUGGGUGUUGGCCGUGUCCAUGGAUCAGAGAGUGGAGCAGACUCUUCCUCUGGAUGAACGAGGAGCCUUCCAAGGGUCACUUGUGGCCACAAACAGUGGAAUCCAUUCGCUGCCGUGUCUGAUCACCGGGUUUCCGGUUCUGAGGAAUAAAGUGGAAUUCAAACAACCCGGAAAAGCUGCCAACAAGGAAGAUUGGAACAAGUUCCUGAUGGCCAUUAAGACCAGCCAUAGACGUGAGACGCUGAUUGGGCACCAACCUCAUCGUUCACUUUGGCCAUACAUGCCGCUGCAAGGUCUAUAG